GAAGGAGAACAUAUAUAACUUGGUGCAUUGUCUGGAAUCACAUGGUAAGUCAAAAAUGGCAGAACUCUUUAUGGAAUGUGAAGAAGAAGAGUUGGAACCCUGGCAGAAGAAAGUAAAAGAGGUUGAGGAGGAUGAUGAUGAUGAGCCUAUCUUUGUUGGAGAGAUAUCAAGUUCAAAACCAGCAAUUUCAAAUAUUUUAAAUAGAGUAAACCCCAGCUCAUAUUCAAGAGGAAUAAAGAAUGGUGCACUCAGUCGGGGUAUUACUGCUGCAUUCAAGCCUACAAGUCAACACUACACGAACCCAACAUCAAAUCCAGUGGCUGCCUCGCCAGUAAAUUUUCAUCCUGAAACUAGAUCUUCAGAUAAUUCUGUUAUUGUUCAGCCUUUGUCUAAACCUGGUUACAUAACAAACUCAUCACGAGUUGCAUCUAGUAAUUCGACAGAGUUGCUGUUUGACUUGACCCAGGAUACAGGAUUAUCACAUUACCAAGGGGGACCGACACUUUGUAUAACAGGUGUGAAUGAAAGUUCGUUAUUUCCAAAACGUCCUUGUACUUCAGAGGUAAUCAGUGUUAAUCCAAAAAAGUCUAAGCCCAGUGAAAGUGUUUCUGGAGCAAAUUCCUCAGCUGUAUUUCCUUCAGCUAAGUCUCUUCCAGUGACAUCUCCCCAGGCUGUGUCAUCAAAAGGUACAAAUAACUCAUCAAAUCAAUCUAAAAAUGGAACACCUUUUCCAAGAGCUUGUCCAAAGUGCAAUAUUCAUUUCAAUCUUUUGGAUCCUUUGAAAAACCACAUGAAGUACUGUUGUCCAGACAUGAUAAAUAACUUUUUGGGACUGCCUAAAACUGAAUUUUCAAGUACAGCAAAUAAAGAUAACACUAUUGAUUCAGAGCAAGGAAAAUUGAUCAUGUUGGUUAAUGACUUUUAUUAUGGAAAACAUGAAGGAGAUGUCCAAGAAGAACAGAAGACUCACACCACCUUUAAAUGCUUCAGUUGCUUGAAAAUUCUUAAAAAUAAUAUUAGGUUUAUGAACCACAUGAAACACCAUUUAGAACUUGAGAAGCAGAGCAGUGAAAGCUGGGAAAACCACACCACCUGCCAGCACUGCUACCGUCAGUUUCCCACACCAUUUCAACUGCAAUGUCACAUUGAAAGUACACACACACCCCAUGAAUUUUCUACCAUUUGCAAAAUCUGUGAAUUAUCAUUUGAAACAGAGCAUAUUCUUUUACAACAUAUGAAGGACAAUCAUAAACCCGGUGAAAUGCCAUAUAUUUGCCAGGUUUGCAAUUAUAGAUCGUCAUCAUUUUCUGAUGUAGAAACUCAUUUUAGAUCAUCCCAUGAAAACACUAAGAACUUGCUAUGUCCAUUUUGCCUCAAAGUUAUUAAAAUUGCCACACCCUAUAUGCAUCAUUAUAUGAAGCAUCAGAAAAAAGGAAUACAUCGUUGUACAAAAUGCAGACUGCAGUUUUUGACAUGCAAAGAGAAAAUGGAUCACAAGACUCAGCAUCAUCGAACAUUUAUAAAACCUAAAGAGCUAGAAGGACUGCCUCCUGGAACAAAAGUUACUAUUCGAGCUUCAGUUGGACCUCUUCAAUCAGGAUCUUCAACUGUACCUUCCAUUAGUACAAAUACUUCUACCCUUCAGGCCUCACCUCCGAGAACAAAAUGUGUAACUGCUAAAAAUCCCACAAAAUCUAACACAAAUAAAUUUACUACAACUAAAUCUAAUGCAAGUAAACCUACUGCAAGUAAGCCUAAUGGAAGUAAAUCUAAAUUCAAAUCAAAAGUCUCUAAUAUGCAAAAAAAACAAAGCACUUUGGCUAGUAGCAACAGAAAAAGUAAAGUCAAUACAGCAUUGAGGAGCUUAAGGUAUCGUCGGGGAAUUCAAAGGUGCAUUGAGUGUUUUUCCGAAAUAAAAGAUCUUUCAAAUCACUUCCCUACAUAUGUCCACUGUAGUUUUUGCAGAUACAACACUAGCUGUAGCAAAGCCUAUGUGAAUCAUAUGAUGAGCUUUCACAGUAACCGCCCAAGUAAAAGGUUUUGUAUUUUUAAGGAGCAUUCAAGAAAUCUCAGGGGCAUUACUCUGGUGUGCCUUGAUUGUGAUUUCCUAGCUGAUGUUUCUGGCUUUGAUAAUAUGGCUGCACACUUGAGUCAGCAGGAAACUCAUACUUGUCAAGUUUUAGUAGAGAAAGUUUCUGCUCGGAUUCCAACUUCUGAACAUCUUUCUGAAUGCAGAAGCAGCCCAGAGAUUUCAAAAAAUGUCCAGGGUACACCUGGACAGUGUCCCCCUUCGAUGGACACAACUGGUGCCUAUUCUCUCUUUCCAAGGAAUGUGAAUAAUUUUACAGUGGGACCUGCUCUAGGUUGUGGUCUCAAGAAAUCAGGUCUUGGGGAGACUUCCUUACUUCAAGACUGGCCUCCCAUAAGGUCGAUGCUAAUUUACCCAGAGAUGGCCUCAAAGCCCACCAAAUUGAGCACAAAUUUCCACUGGGUUCUUUGGCUCUUGAUCUUAAGCUGGUGGGUCACUUCUGGCCAAGAAAAGCCCACCAAAUCAAUACUUCAGUCCAAGUUGAAGUUUAGUCAUUUUGACUGCUGUCCUUUAAUCUUCCUCUUGCAUGAAUGCAGUCCAAGGAGUAUAAAAGCUUUUGUUGUUAGGAAGCCAUAGUUAUUUUCAUGUCCUUGGAACAACAGGUCUCUACAAUUAUGUUCCAAAAUUGCAGUUAUUUUUAUUGUUAUUUAAAAUAUAUUACCCAGUUCUAGCUCUAUAGUUUUCAACAGUACUAAUUCUCAGCCUUUUUAUUUUGAAUAAGUUAAUUUUAAUAGUUUGUUUUAUGUUUUCCAAAUUUACUGAUAUUAUGUUUAUUUUUAUACUCUUUACUAUUCUUUAAAACUGCUUAGUGUUUGCUCUGUUUGCCAAGACUUCCAAGAGAUUCCCUAUAAUUCUCUACAGAUUCUUUAUGGCUGCCUUACUUAGAGCUUUUUAAUUUGGCUGUUAUUUAUACCAUUAGAUGUUAUUAUAUCCUCUCUUAUUUUGGGAUUAUUAUUAAUGUUAUCUUAAUAAUUAUGGGUUCUAAGCUGUAAAGAAUUAACAAAACCUUUUGUAGAUAUUAAAACAAGUUUUAAAGAUACAUAUUUGUCUGGCUAACACAUAGUAUCUAAUUAACCAUUAAUGAAGUUUUUUGGGGUAAAAGUAACAUUAAAAAAUAUAGGGGUGCCCCAGCCAGUUAGCUCAGUUAGUUGGAGUGUCUUCCUGUACACCAAAAAAGGCUGUGGGUUUGACUCUCGGUCAGAGCACAUACCUAGGUUGCGGGUUCGAUCCCCAGUUUUUUUGUGAGGCAAGUCAAUGUUUCCCUUUCACAUCGGUAUCUCCACCCCUUCCCCCGCCCCCCAUCACGCUCUCUACCCACUCCCUUUCUUUUUCCCUCCUUCUCUUCCUUUCUCUCUAAAAUCAAUAAACAUAUCCUCAGGUAAGGAUGUAAAAAAAUAGAAAAAAUAUAUGGGGGAUAACAAUGCACUUGUUUUUUUCAUGUAUAUAUUUUUUCACAUAUACAUGUAUAUUAAAAAAUUGACAUUUGUUUAUUUUAAAGACAAGCAAGUCACCUUUUGUGAUCUUAGUUGCCAUAGGAUAGGCAGACUCUAAAAGUACGACUCAGUUGUGGUUUUUUACUCUAAAAUGAGAACUAUUUUACUUUGAAACAGAUUAAAGCCAGUUUCAAUGAUUAUUUACAAUAUAAAGUGUUCCUUGCAAUUAAUAAUCAAAAAGUUUAAUCCAUUAGUUUUAAACUUCCAAAUUAAUUUCUAUAUUAAUGAUUGUCCAAAAGCUCUGAAAGUGGUUUAUAGAUGGACUUGGUGAUAUACUAUUUUUUAUUUCCUUAUCUGUCUCUAGGAAAGUUUUAUCAUUCACCUUUCUAUGUAAUUAAAAAUAACAUUCAUAAUUUUGCCCAGAAACAAUAUCUUUCCAUUGUUAACAUAAAUUCCUUUUUCAUUUACAGGUAUUUGUUCUGCGUUGGUUAUAGUUUAAAAAUAGGAUAAAAUACAUUCUUGAUAUAACAGUAAAGGAGCACUGCUUUUUGUUCUUCCAUUGGACUUUAUUUUCUUGUUUAAACUCUUCAAGUUCUGUUAUCUAUAAAUUUUAAAAAAAGAGGUUUAAAUAAAACACUUAAGGUGCUAAGUACCAAAUUUGCUUAUCUUAGACAGUUGAAUUUAAUUUGGUGCUAACGAGUUUUAGCUUGAGUCUGAUCAAGUUAUUCUAAAUAGUUUAUUCACCUGAUCAGAAAUUACCAUUCCAUGCAUGUGUGCUUUUGAUUACCACUGAAUAAAAAUUGAGAUUGGGACAUUUUGAAUCUAUCAGCACUCUUAGAAAAAGUGGCUCCUAAACUACAGAGAUAUGGAUUCUUGCCCUAUUUUGUCACAUUUUGGUAAAACACCUCAUCUCUUUUGGACCUCAUUUACUUUUCCGUGAAUAUUUCUUGAGCAUCUACUUUAUGCCUGGCCCUGUUAUAGGUGCUAAAGAAAUGGACUGAAAUCUCUGCCUCGUGAAGCUUAUGAUCUAAUGGUGAAAGAUAAUAAAAAUUAAAAGAUAUACUAUAUUAAAUGGUGGUCAAUACUAUGGAGAAAACUGAAGUUAGGGAAGGGGGGAUAAGGAGUAAGUGGCAGUUUGUAGACUGCCAUUUAAAAUUGGAUGGUCAGGGAAGGCCUCACUGAGAGACAAUAUUUAGGUAGAGACCUGGAGGAACUGCAAAGAGCCUGUUUUGGCUGCCGUUGAUUGAACAAGAGGGAGGCUAGUAGGAGAUGGGGCCUGCAAAGUAGUGUGGGCCAUGUUGUAUAGGACCUUACCAACCAUUGUAAGGCAUUUGAUUUUAACUCUGAGAUAAGCCAUCAGAGGAUUUUGAGUAGAGCAGUGUUUUAUACCUCAGUAAAACUCAAAAUCAACAGUAAAACCUGAAAUACAGAAGAGUGCUAUGUUACUUUAGCUGCUGUCUGGAGAAUUAACUAUAGAAGACCAACGGCAAAAUCGGAGAGACUAGUUAGGGGGCUGUUGUAAUCAUCUAGGAAGGAGAUGGUGGGAUCCUAGGCUAAGCUGCCUGCAAUGUAGGCCAUCCGCGGUUUGAUUUUGGAUAUAUUUUGAAUUUGUUGAUUUGGAUGUGAAGUAUGAGAGAAAGUGUUGAGAAUUAUUCCACACUUCCUGGUCUGAGCAACUGGAAAGAUGGCAUUGAUAUUAUAUAAAGUAGAAAAGGCUUGGAGAAAUAGACUCAGGAGGGAAGUUCCAUGAGGAUUGAUCUGCUACAUGUUUUAGUUUGAGAUAACUAUUAGAAAUCAAGUGGAAAUGCCAUUAACCUGUAUAAGUUUAGAGGAGUGUUCUAGGUGGUAAUUAUCAUUUAGCAUUUUAAAGUGUCAUGGGAAUGAAUACAAGGAGAACUGAAAUAUGAGUAAGAUCAGUGUAUUGAAUCACUGUCAAUAUCCUGGUUAUGAUAUUGUACUAUAAUUUUGUAGGAUGUCAUCAUUGAGGAAAAGUGCACAAAGGGUACAUGGAAUCUCUGUAUUAUUAUUAUAGCUGCAUAUGCAUAUACAAUUGUCCCAAAAUAAAAUAAAUUCCAUUUAAAAGGCCAUGGGACUAUAUGAGGUCACCAAGGGAUACAGUAGAGAUAGAGAGAGGGCAAGGUCCACAGACUGAGCCAGAGGCCAUCAUAUCCGAAACAACUGAAUAGAUGACCAAACAGGCUGAGUGGGGUGAUAAGGUCAGCAGGGGGGGUUAGUGAGGGACAACCAAACAACUGAACAGCAGGCUGUGUGGGGUGACCAGGCCGGCAGAGGUGCAGUUUGGGGUGACAUGCUGGUGGGGGCAGGCAGUUGGGGGUGACAAGGCUGGCAGGGGGGCCAGUUAGGGGCGAUCAGUCAGGCAGGUGAGCAGUGAGGAGCUAGCGGUCCAGGAUUGUGAGAGGGAUGUCUGACUGCCGGUUUAGGCCCUAUCCUAGGGUGCAGGCUGGGCUGAGGGACCCCCCCGCCCCCCAUGCAUGAAUUUCGUGCACUGGGCCUCUAGUUGUAUAUAGUAAAAGCAUAGGUGGCGUCGCACGACAUUACAAGAUGGCCACCCUCACAUUGUCACAGAUGGCCACCACAAGUUGGUCACCACAAGAUGGCCGGCAGGGAAGAGCAGUUAGGGGUGAAUGGGCCAGCCUGGGAGGGCAGUUGGGGGGCG